UAAAAGAUAUUUGGGAUACAUAAAGAGAAAAAAGAAAAAAAAGGAAAUGGAAGAGAAAUUUCUUUAGCCACUUGUUCAUAUCAUUAUGUUUUCCACCAACAGCCAUAUCUAAACAAUCCUCACCUCUAAAACUCUUUUCUUUCUCUCUAUUUUACUACCCAUUUUCAGAAAAACAAACUAUAAUCAACAAAAAAUGGAAGAUUUGAUGGGUGAAUUCACUUUCCUCUCAAACCAAGCUCUACAAGACAAAAACUUUGAUCCAUCAAACAUUGAAGAUUUAAUGAAAUUAUUUGAAAUAGAAGCUUAUAAAUCAUGGGCAUCAAUGGUAUUAGAGUGUGAUAAAGAAGAAGAAAGUGCUGAAAACUCCAUGGAAGAAGCAGAAGAAGAGCUUAAUUCUGCAAUGGAAAGUGCCAUGGAAGAGUUUAGAAGGUUUGAAGAAGAAAUGGAGAAAGAAGCCAUGGCUGAAUAUUAUAGUUUGUUAAAAAUGGGUGAAACUGCAAGAAAUAUGGGCAAAUCUAUGGAAAAAGCUGCUUAUGUUGUUUCUAAAAAAUAUGUUGAAUCUGCACUUAAUUCUGCUACUAAUUCUAUGAAAUCUGCUUGGAAAGGGAUAUCUUCUAAUAAAGUUCAUCCUUCUUGAUCUUAUUUUUAUUGUUUUUUCUUUUGUUGUUGUGAUUUGAUCAGAUCAAGGUCAUUGUAGCAAUGAUGAAUAAAUUAAGUAUCUUUUUAGUUGUUUAUAUAA